AUGUCGAAGGAACCAUCAGCGCAACUUGCGGAGCCUAGCUCCGCGGUGUCUGACAAUGACGUUUUGUUAGAUGAAAGUAAGAGAAAGGAGAUGUUCGAUGGGAAAACGGAUGAGUCGAAUAAGAAAUUCGUAGAAGAAUUUAUAAGGGUGUUGCUCAGCUGUAGAGGAGUUUCGAAAAAUGUCAAAACAAUGGAUAUUUUGAGAUUGGCUCACACUUGCAAAAGAAUAUUCGAAUCGCAAGCUCGUCUCAUUGAAAUCGAUGGUCCUGUGCGCAUUUGUGGGGAUCUACACGCUCAAUUUCCAGACUUGAUUCGACUAUUUGCCCAGGGUGGCUUCCCGCCAGAUUCGAAUUAUUUGUUCCUUGGAGAUUACGUGGAUCGUGGUGCCUAUAAUUUGGAAGUCCUAUUGCUCUGUUUGUCCUAUAAGGCAAGGUAUCCAAACAAUUUUAUCAUGCUACGUGGCAAUCAUGAACAAGCUCAUAUCAACAGUCAAUUUGGGUUCAAAGAGGAGAUUUUUACAAGGAAGGGAGAGUUUGCGCCGGUCAUUUAUGCGGAGAUUACUAAAAUGAUGGAUGUGAUGCCGAUUGUUGGAUUGAUUGGAGGACGGAUUCUUUGUAUGCAUGGUGGCCUUUCAAAACAUUUAAAAUCGCUAGAAGAUCUUCGGAAUCUCAAAUGCCCAUUCAAUCUGGAAGAAGAGUGUCUCGAAAAUGACCUAAUGUGGUCUGAUCCAGGAAGUGUAAAAGGUUGGGAGCCGAAUACACGUGGCGCCAGUUUCACAUUUGGAGAAGACGUGGUCCAUGAGUACUGUAAGAUGCUAGACAUUGAUUUGAUUGUUCGAGGACACCAGGUUGUACAAGAUGGUUAUGAGUUUUUUGCGAAUAAAAAACUUGUGACCGUAUUCUCUGCUCCUCAUUACAGUGGAACAUUCACAAAUUCGGCAGCCGUUUGUAAAGUUUCCGCUGGCCUGGAGGUCUCUUUUGAAGUUUUAGUACCUGAGGAUAUGAAAGUUCAAGAACGAAAACCCACGGCAGAGGCGACAGCUGCGGAGCCAACAGAGAACUAG